AUGCAGGAUGAUCUGCAAACAUUGGAUAUGUAUGACAGUGGCGCAUUUGGUACUACAUUUUAUUCACUUUGCUGUGUUAUUGCAGAUGAAGGCGAUGAAACAGGUGUAGUGGCUACUUCUCCAUCUGAGGAGACUGUGGCAGCGGAUGGCACUUCAGAUGGUGCUGCGCUUGAAUUAUGUGCCGAAAAUGCGGAAACCGUGACCAAUAGUCGACUUGCUUCCUUGCAGACAGUGAGAGAAGUGCUGGGCUGGUCACUUAAUGAAAAUGACCAAAACUACUGCAUAACACCAGCAUUGUUUGGGACUAGCUUCGUUUUCCAGAAGACUCCAGUUUCCGGUAAUGGCAUUGUACCAAGCUAA